AUGGACAAUCAAACCAUAGUGACAGAGUUCAUCCUGUUAGGACUCUCCAGCAACCCAGAGCUCCAGAUCUUGCUCUUUGUUGUGUUUCUACUAAUCUAUUUGAUAAUCCUAUUUGGUAACACGGCUAUUAUUGUGGUGAUAAGAGUAGACCCACAUAUUCACACUCCCAUGUAUGUCUUCCUCUCUUAUUUAGCAUUUCUUGAUUUUGCUUUUUCCUCAGUCACGGUUCCAAAAAUGCUUGAGAACUUCCUUUUGGAGAAAAAAAAAACCAUUUCAGUUCAUGGCUGUUUUACCCAGGUCUUCUUUGUUGUCUGCCUCUCAGUAGGUGAAGGUCUUCUCCAGUCUGUGAUGGCAUACGAUUGGUACAUAGCUAUCUGCCAUCCCUUGCAUUAUACAGUGAGGAUGAAUAAGCAGGUCUGUUCUCAGCUUAUAUGUAGGGCCUUGGUUAUUGGCUUUCUCUAUGCUCUGCUAAACACCAUACUGCUGACAACUUUAAAAUUCUGUGGCCCCAAUGUAAUUCAUCACUUCAGUUGUGAGCUUCCACAACUGUUCAAAAUCUCUUGCAGCAACACUUUUCCAAAUCAUAUGGUGGUUUUUACACUGGGUUCAUUUUUAGGGAUGGGGGCUCUACUCCUAACAUUAGCUUCCUAUGUCCACAUAAUCUCUGCUAUCUUAAAAAUUAGCUCCACAGAAGGGAAACAUAAAGCCAUCUCCACUUGUUCGUCUCAUGUGACUGUUGUUGUUCUCUAUUAUGGAACUAUUUUCUUUAGGUACCUGAAACCCAUCUCAAAAGACUCUCUGGAUCAAGAAAUGGCACCCUCUGUGGUUUACUUUAUUUUGACUCCCAUGUUAAACCCCAUCAUCUAUAGUCUUCGGAAUGAAGAAGUGAAGAAAGGUUUGCUAAAUAUGGUGUCUAAGGGACCUGAAAGCAACAGUGGGUGA